AUGGGAUGGGGUCGGGCGGUGCGGCGGGCGCUGCUGUGCGGGGUAGCGGCGGCGGCGCGGGGCCCGGUCCGGAGCAUGUGUGCCCAGGCGGAGGACUGGCGCUCGGCCAAGGCCAUCUAUGACUUCCACGCCCGAGACAUCGAUGGCAACGACGUCUCCCUGGAGAAGUACCGAGGCUACGUCUGCAUCAUCACCAACGUGGCUUCCAAAUGAGGAAAAACCGCUGUAAACUACACUCAGCUUGUUGACUUGCACGCCAGAUACGCUGAGAGGGGUUUACGCAUCCUGGGCUUUCCCUGCAACCAGUUUGGAAAACAGGAGCCCGGGGACAACGCUCAGAUCAAGGCAUUUGCUGAAAGCUACGGUGUGAAGUUUGACAUGUACAGUAAGAUCGAUGUCAAUGGGGACGAUGCCCACCCGCUCUGGAAGUGGAUGAAGGACCAGCCCAAAGGAAGAGGCACCCUGGGCAAUGCAAUAAAAUGGAACUUCACUAAGUUCCUCAUUAACCGGGAGGGCCAAGUGGUGAAGAGGUACAGUCCGAUGGAGGAUCCCUACGUGAUCGAGAAGGACCUGCCUGCCUACCUGUAGAGCUGCUCAUCUCACCCCUGCACGGUCCCUUCGCCCCAGCACCGGCCCUCCUGCUGCCUGUGGAACCUCCUCAUCCAGCCCCGAUGACGGUCUGUCUUCAAGCCAGCUUGCUGGUGAGGCAGACCUGAAGAUCUGGCGUGCACUUGCUGGAAGGUGGCUUCACGGGGCCGGCGGCCGCUGCUGGGCAGCCCUUUUCUAUGGGCAGAGAGCAGGAUCUGCUGUCCCCUUGCAAUAAACACAGUAG